CGAUUCAAACCCUGUCUUCGCGUGGGACACUCUCGGCGCAAUAUCACCCCGUGCACACCCAUCCAGCCGAUGUGAAUCUAACCGUGAUCGAGUACAUUGACCGCUACACCGCCACCAUUGCCGAGGGGCUGUGUCGGUCGGUCGAGACACUCAUGUCAUUCUACAGCUCCAAGAACAUUCAUGUCUUCAAAGAUGCCAUCAGUAUUCCAGGGCUGGUCGAGCAAUAUCUCUUCCGACCGCUGCGCGACGACAUUCAUGCAUCGUUCAUGCUCAUAAGUGAUCAGGCGCUUUACACCGAGCUUCGCGACUCUGUAGUCGGGGGGCCGAGCCUGGUGUUCAACGAAUUUGCCAAGGCCGGCGAAACACUGAUCCAUGGCAACCCAGAUCGCAUUUGCCAGCGGGUUAUCGGCAUGGACGGUAAUGCGCUAUAUCUAUGGUGUCUUGGGCAGGAGAUGCCCACUGGUGCUUAUGUGGACCGCAUCAUACCACCCGACUCGGAAUACCGAUACCGUCUCCCAGAAGCAUUCUUUGGAUUUGCCAAAGUCGACAUUCACGUUCCCGAUUCGCUUCGGAACCACUUCAGCCACUUUCCACCCAUCUUUAUCAAGGAUGCAGAGGAGGGCAAGAUCAAAUCCGUUAUGGAUGCGAAGGAAAUCAUUCUUUUCUCGCCUCUGCUCAGAUGGUAUCUCGAGCACGGUCUCGUGAUUACUAAUAUCCACAGACUCGUAUCGUUCGAGCCCAACCGAUGUUUUCAGUCGUUCGUUGACGAAGUGACUGAGGCUCGCCAGCAAGGAGGAGACUCGAUUCUGGCGGAUACGAUGAAGCUCUUUGGGAAUUCGGCAUAUGGUCGAUCGCUUAUGAAGCGCGAGGAUUUCUCUCGGGUCAGGGUUGUCGAAGCAACACAUCUCCAGAAGCAUGUGAUGGAGCCGAGCUAUGUCGAGGCACACCCUCUCGGUAACGAUUUAUACGAAGUGACCAGGCGAUGUACAAGGAUCGUUCAUCAUUCUCCGAUCCAGAUUGGAUUGGCCGUAUACAGCUACGCCAAGCUGCGCAUGCUGCAGUUUUACUAUGAUUUCUUGUGUCAAGUGACGACACAGGAUCGAUUCAUGCCGAUGCACAUGGAUACGGACUCGUUGUACAUGGCGAUCACGGGGGAUCGGCUGGAAGAUAUUGUCACAUGCCAUCCAUUUCGGUACGAGCAGCUAGCCAAGCAAUUUCUCUCGCGAGAUCCAUCAACUCGACGAACACCUGGUCUUUUCAAGGUUGAAUUCAGUGGCACAGAGCUCGUGGAAUUAGCGCCCAAGCUCUAUUCGGCAUUCGAUAGCGAAACUCAGAAGCAUAAAAUGUCGUCAAAAGGCGUGUGUCAGGAACAGGUUGCUAUAGGACACAAGCGAGUCCUAGAGCUGAUGAACGAUCAAGAGGUGUGGACGAUCAGGCAGGACUCGGUGCGCUUGAAUGCGGCUGGUGAAUUAUUUACAGUUAGACAGAGCAAGAGAGCUUGGCAAAAGGGCGUGUGAGAGAAGUUGAGUCAUGUACUUUUUUUCGAGACUGAAUGACAAUACAAUAUUUUUGCCCAUG